GCUCUCAAUUUUCACAUGGCCAACAAUCUCAACUUGCACCCUUCAACAUUACAACUUGUACAGAACUCUGCUAACCUCCCCAUGGUGGCUAAGCCCCUCUAUGGAAUCCUUUCGGAUGCUAUCUAUAUUGGUGGUGCUCACAGAAUCCCUUACAUUUCCAUAGGAGUUCUUCUGCAGGUCCUUUCUUGGAGUCUUCUUGCAUUAAACCCUAUUGCACGUGAAGUGCUUCCCAACUUAAUUGCAUCUGUGCUUCUCAGUAAUUUGGGAGCAUCCAUUACAGAAGUAGCAAAGGAUGCUCUUGUAGCAGAGUAUGGCAAGAAGCACAAAAUUGGUGGCCUACAGUCAUACACAUUCAUGGCGGUAGCUGCAGGUGGAAUCUUAGGCAAUUUGAUUGGUGGUUUUUUCUUACAGAAAAUGCCUCCGAGAACCAUGUUCGUUAUAUUUUCAUUUUUACUGUCUGUACAACUAGCAGUUUCUCUCUCAACGAGAGAGGAGUCUUUAGGCAUACCACAACUUUCAGGUCAAAAUCUUGCUAGGAAAUCUAUCUCAGAAAAUAUCAGAAAUCAAGUGUCUGAUCUUGUCACGGCUAUUAGCGACAAAAGCAUUUCCCACCCGCUUAUGUGGAUUGUUGGAUCAAUUACCAUGGUCCCAAUGCUUUCAGGCUCUAUUUUUUGCUAUCAAACACAGUGUCUAAAUCUUGAUCCUACAGUAAUCGGGCUGUCUCGAGUAAUAGGCCAGUUGAUGCUUCUUUCAGGAACUGUGCUUUAUAACCGUUAUUGGAAAAAAUUUCCAAUGAGAAAGCUGAUAGGCAUGGUGCAGAUUCUAUAUGCUUCAUCUCUACUUCUUGAUCUUGUUUUGGUAAAACAGAUAAAUCUUAGAUUGGGAAUUUGCAAUGAGGUGUUUGCUCUUUGCUUUUCUGGUUUGGCAGAAAUUCUGGCACAGUUUAAGCUCCUUCCUUUCUCAGUUUUAUUUGCUAGCUUAUGUCCAAGGGGUUGUGAAGGAUCUCUCACCUCUUUUCUUGCAUCAGCUUUGUGUCUAUCAUCAAUAAUUAGUGGGUUUUUGGGUGUUGGAUUGGCCUCUUUGCUUGGUAUUACAUCUGGUGAUUACUCAGGCUUGACCAUGGGAAUUCUUACACAGUUUGUUGCAGCUUUAGUUCCUUUAAGAUGGAUUCAUUAUGUACCUAUGUCACAACCUGUUGUUGAGAAGCAAAGGAGAAGAAGUAUGAAAAGAAGAACUGGUAGACAAAGAAGAACUGGGAAAGUUGUGCUUGGUUAUUUUAAUGCCUACCGGUGUGAGAGGGAAUGAGAGACUGAGUUGAAAAUAAUCAAUUCUUACCUUUGCAGCUUUAAUGAUUAUCCAAGGAUGAAUGGUACUUGAGACAUGUGGUUUAUAUCUUCAUUCCUUUCACUACAAAGCUAGGAUUUUUGCUCACAUUUUGAAUUCAUAUCUUGGGGCUAACACAUUGUA